GUAAAAAGAAAAAAGGAGAAAGGAACUUUCGGUUUUUGAUCUGUUUUUUCUCCUGCUUCAUCCUGUUUCUGUUUGUCGUCCCUUGGCCCUUUUUCUUCCUAAAAUCAUGCAUGAAAACCUGCAGGCCUUGCCACUGGCACCUUCUCAAGAUUAUCCAAAACGCGACAUGGAGUCCGGAACCCUAAACAUCCCAAAGAAGCCCCGUCAAAAGAAGAGCAGCAAGUUUCCUGUAUGUCUUCUGGCUGGAAUUGUUAUCAUAUGUGCGGUCGUAUUAAUCUUUGCAUCGAUUGUGUUACGACCCAGAAAUCCCGAUGUAAAGAUAUCAUCUGUUGCGGUGAAAAAGCUUGUCCACGGAACUUCUUCUUCUCCUUUCUUUAACAUAACACUUGUCGCAGAGAUCACUGUUACGAACACCAACUUCGGAAACUUCAAGUUUCAGAAUACUACUGGAAGCAUUUACUACGGUUCUGAAGUUGUCGGAAACUUGAGUAUUCCAGAAGGGAGAGCAGGAGCCAGGGCAGAGGAAAAGAUAAACGUUACAGCGGACGUGAAAUACCAUGGAGGAUCAGGAAUGAAGAACUUGAGCAGUGAUAUAAAUUUAGGGUUGUUGGAGCUCAACAGCCUUGCCAAACUGAGUGGAAGAGUUCGGUUGUUGAAAAUCAUGGAGAAGACAAGGACACAGGAGAUGAAUUGCAUCAUCACCCUUGAUCUGAACAGAGAUGCAGUGGACAAUUUAGCAUGCAACUAGCUAGAUUGUGUGAAAAUUUAUCUUUUCCCUUUAUGCUGUAAUUAUCUCUUUAUUGAGGUUUUGUCAAUCUCUCUCUCUCUCUCUUUUCUUGUUCGUUCAUUUUUAUGAGUUUUGGAAGAGAAUUGUUUGUGGUUACUGAUUAACAUCUGAAUUUGGUAGGCUUUUUAGAUUAAUUUUUUCUAAAAAACUGAUAACUGAUAG